AGACGGCCGCGGAGUACGUGCUCCCUAGCCAUGGCCACGCGUCCCGGGCCGCUCUGGCUCCUGGGCUUGGCGCUGUGCACGCUGGGCAGCAGCUCCGGCUCGCGUCCCCAGCACAGCUGUCCCCAGCGUCGACUAGGUGCGCGCGAGCGCCGCGACAUGCAGCGCGAGAUCCUGGCGGUGCUCGGGUUGCCCGGGCGACCCCGGCUUCGUGCGCUGCCCGCUGCAGCCAGGCUGCCUGCGUCCGCGCCACUCUUCAUGCUGGACCUCUACCACGCUAUGGCCGGCGACGACGAUGAGGACGCCGGGUCCCCAGGGCGGCGUCUGGGCCGCGCCGACCUGGUCAUGAGUUUCGUCAACAUGGUGGAGCGUGACCAUGCCCUGGGCCACCAUGAGCCCCACUGGAAAGAAUUCCGCUUCGAUCUGACGCAGAUCCCAGCUGGGGAGGCGGUCACAGCUGCUGAGUUCCGGAUUUAUAAGGUGCCCAGCACCCAGAUAUUCAACACAACUCUCCACAUCAGCGUGUUUGAGGUGGUCCAGGAGCACUCCAACAGGGAGUCUGACUUGUUCUUUUUGGAUCUUCAGACCCUCAGAGCAGGAGACGAGGGCUGGCUGGUGCUGGAUGUCACAGCAGCCAGUGACCGCUGGUUGUUGAGCCGUAACAAGGAUCUGGGACUCCGUAUCCAUGUGGAAACCUUGGAUGGACACAGCGUUGCCCCUGGCCUGGCUGGUCUGCUGGGGAGACAGGCACCACGCUCCAGACAGCCUUUCAUGGUCACUUUCUUCAGGGCCAGUGCAAGCACCAUCCGUGCCCCUCGCGCAGUGCGACCCCUGAAGAGGAGGCAGCCAAAGCAAACCAACGAGCUUCCACACCCCAACAAACUCCCAGGGAUCUUUGAUGACAUCCACAGCUCCCAUGGCCGACAGGUUUGCCGGCGGCACGAGCUCUAUGUGAGCUUCCGAGACCUGGGCUGGCUGGACUGGGUCAUCGCCCCCCAAGGCUACUCAGCCUACUACUGUGAGGGAGAGUGCACCUUCCCACUGGACUCCUGCAUGAAUGCCACCAACCACGCCAUCCUGCAGUCCCUGGUGCACCUGAUGAAGCCAGAUGCAGUCCCCAAGGCAUGCUGUGCACCCACCAAACUGAGUGCCACCUCUGUGCUCUACUAUGACAGCAGCAACAAUGUCAUUCUGCGGAAGCACCGCAAUAUGGUGGUCAAGGCCUGUGGCUGCCACUGAAGCCCCCCCACCUGCUCUGUUACAGCUGUCCCUCCCCAUCAGGCCCUCUGCAGUGGCAGGGAACCCUGAGAUCCAACCAAACCUUAGGCAAGGUUGGCAGGAAAGGCCUUCAGACUGAUGUUGCUGCCUCCCCCUCCUCCAAGCUAAUGCAUGGGUCUUUCUAGGCCUUGUGUGCUUCUCCUCUGGAGGUCAGAUGGCCUUAUCUCCAGCCCUGGUGAUCUCAGCUCUGGAGCAACAGUUCAUCCCCAUCACCUUCCCCCAGAAGCACGUACUUAAUAGCUUUGUGGUUGGCACAGAAGUCCUGGAUGUAUUCAUGCCCAUUACUGGCCCAGGCUGUGGGCAGAUGUGGGAUGAACUGAGACACACCUGGAGCCCUAGAUUGGCCACCUGGGGCUCUUUCCUGUCCAGUACAGAGUUUAGGAAUGUGGGGGAAGGGUCCGUUCCAAGCAUCCUUUAUCUGCCUGCCUCUCUGAGGUGCAAAACUGGCCAUUUCUAGAGAAUAUUGAAAACUAUAGACUUCUUCUUAGUGCGUAUUUAUGUGUCUGAAUUACCAAGUCUCUGGCUACAGGCAUGUGAGGUCAGCUUAAGAAAAAGCUGAAUGAACAACACAAAGGCUGAAGCCAAUAGCAUGUAUUUUCUCCCAUUUUCCUAUAUUGUACCUGCCGCUGCUGCCUGGAGGAAAUGUACAUGGGUGGACUUCUUGAUUUGGAGAAACAGAAAAACCAUGGAGGCUUCCAGUGGAUUCCUGUUUGCUACCAUGUUUGCCUGUCAGAAGCCAAAGCCUGCGGGCAUAGUUUCUUGUGCUGAGAGAAAAGGUGGCUGCACUGGGUAGUCCAGGAUGCCAACGGCCAGCACAGGUGCCAUCAUCUCCCCUUUCCUUCUGAAAGGCAAACAUCAAUAAUCUAUUCUGAUACUUUCUUCUGAGUCUGAACUUCCAAAUGAUCCCAGAGCUCCAGGACUCCAUGUGAAGUGAAAAGUGUUUGCCAUCUUCUGCAACGUGCAAGGGAAACCUGUCUGCGAUGCCUGGCAGCCUGUGACCAGAUCUGGCGCAAGCCCAGCAGCUUGUCAGCACUGCUUGUGCUCAGAUGUCAAAGAGACUGACCACCAAAGGGUGUCCAGUACCCCUGGCCUUUUUCUUGUACUUGUGAGUCAGAGAAAAGGGCCCCUGUCCCAGGAGAGUGACAUAGUAAUUGACUGAGUUAGGUGAGGACCUUUGUCUCAGCCUCUCUUCCCAGAAACCGCUGUUCUCCUUGGAGCAGCUGCUGGGAAUUGGAGUGUUUGAUUUCAGACUGGCUCAGCCUCUAAUUUACCUGCGGAACAGAUGGAGCCCAGCUGUGUGAGCUGUCAUUUGGAGCAGGUCCUGGGCCUGCCCCUGCCCACACCCAGCCUCAGCGGACCCACCCAUGAGCCCUGGGAUACGUAUCUCGGGUUCACACUGUUCUUGGGGACAGGUUUGGGGGAGGGGAAGUGUGGAGGCAGGGGAGAGGCUGGGGCCAGGCUACGGGACAGCAGCCCUUCCAUGGAGUCCAGGGGAGGCCCUCCUGUGGUAGUGCCGGGGAAGGCACCCUUGCACAUAUGCAGAGGUCAGCUCAGCUGAUUCGGGAAGUUUCCCCAUCUGUUGGGGGAACCCUUAGUUGGGGGAUCCAGCUUUGGGAUGAAUAUAAGGACAGCUGACUUGAUCUGGGCCUAUUUUCCCUCUGUAACUGAGGGAGCUGGACUCUGAUUUCCAAAGGACCCUCACCUAAGGUAUCUGUCACCCAGCCUUCAUCACAGGGGGCUAUGCAGCGUUAUGGCCCUGAAUGUGCAGCCCACGUGGCUGUCAGCUAGCUGGCAAGUACAAAUGACCUAUUUGAUAUCCUAGUACUUUCUAACAAUUCUUAACAUCAAGGGUUAUCUCUAGGUCAAUUAUCCAAUUAUUGACAACUGAUUUUUUUUACUUCUAAUAAUUUUACUGUCCAGCCAAUGAUUUUAGUGUCCCUGGCAUAUCAGGGGUGACACCAGGAACUCAGAAGUUUGUAGGCAUGGACUAUACCUUAACCUACCAAACUGCACAGCAGAAAUGGAUAGCAGUUACCAUACUCAUUCAAUAAAAGUGAAACACAAGGCAUUAUCUACCCAUCUUGCCAUUAUUAGGCUUCUAGUAAUUUUUGCCAUCCAGGUGGUCACAUAAGGAAAUCAAAUAGAAAAGCCCUUGAGCAGCAAAACAGUUGUGAAUAGACCCAAAGCCCAUGUGUUUGACUGCAGGAGUCGUUUGCUGAGCCAAGAAUGGCAGUUGCAGUGGGCAGCCUGCCUGGCAAGCCCGAUGGCCCUGUUUCCCCUUUUCGUGCUCAGGGUCAGCCUGUUGGUCUGCUUGCACCAGGCCAAGUUAACCAAGAGUGGUCAGUUCAUAUCCACUGAGAGCUGACAGAAAGACACAAAAACUAGAAG